CCAUGUAGUUAACGCUCACAUCAACCGGGAAGUGUGCAGCCUCAUUAUGAAACUAUCCGCACGGUAGAGUAAAAUAUUAAUAAUCGAUAAUGUGUCCAGUGGAGUGUCGCUGCCUUUUAACAGCCGGACAUUCCUGAUGUUGUAUCGAUAGGUCGGUCAAAUUAUUAGGCAAUAUAUUGGAAGCGAACAUGGCUGCGCCCACAGCACCGAGAGGAUCAUCAGCCUCCAGCCCGCCCGGGUUUGAAGGUUUCCCGUUUGCGGUGGCCGGUAAACCAGCGGAGGAAAGCUCCGGUAAAGAGCAGGAGCAGGUCGGGGACGUGAAGAAGAAGCCGUGCAGAGCGUGUACGGACUUUAAAUCCUGGAUGAAGGUGCAGAAGAAACAGACGACAGCUGCUGUACAGGAGACCCAAGCUGCAGAGCCAGAGCCACAACAAGACCCACAGUGCCCGCUGGACCGGCAAGAGCUGGGGCGUAACACCUGGUCCUUCCUGCACACUAUGGCGGCGUAUUACCCCGAUCGUCCAUCUGCGACCCAGCAGCAAGAGAUGGGGCAGUUCAUCAACCUUUUCUCCAAGUUCUUCCCGUGUGAGGAAUGUGCAGAGGACCUCAGGGGCAGAUUGAAAACCAAUCAGCCAGACACCAGGAGUCGCCACGCUCUUUCUCAGUGGCUCUGUCGUAUCCACAAUGACGUCAACGUCCGGCUGGGCAAGCCUGAGUUUGACUGCUCCCGUGUGGACGAGAGGUGGAAAGAUGGAUGGAAGGAUGGCUCCUGUGACUGAGCGAUAAGAGAUGUGAGCAUGGAGAGGAGAAACUCUUUGUCAGAGCUCACAUCUCUGUUGUGGAGAAACUUUACAUGAAGAGAGAGAGGCUGUGUGGUACAUUUCAACCUCUUGUUUUGUGGUUAGUUAAUAACUGAUCUGGUAAUAAAAAUUAAAGUAUCCCUCUCUGUUUCUCAGAUCAGAGCCAAGACUCACUGAACGUCUUUACUCCAGUUAUUGGGGAGUUUUAAAAGGUUACUACACAAAUGUUUGCUGAAAUUUUGCAUCAAAUCUUGUGUGAAAUGAAAAACAUAUUUUUAACCAGUGUAGCCCUGAUGUGUCUGUUAAAGCUGUGAGUUGGUUACAAACACAUUUUGCCAUUAAAAUGUUGUUUCCUGGUCUGUUCUAAGGCACAACGUGGUUUUGCCAAGUAGAACAUGCUCCUGGACCAACAUUGGAAUCAACCAAUCACAGCCCUCUGACAUCAUAAGUGUGCUGCUCCUGCGCUUCAUUCAACAUUGCGUUGUGCUUCCUCAGAGCUGAGCUAGUUUUACAAAUUGAAGUUAAUACAAUUAAACACAAUCCUCAGUAACAUUGAACAAAAACAUUAUAAGCUACUGCAGGGUUAGCAAUUAGCUUGCUAACUAGCUUGGCCAUGCUAACAAGUAAACUUGCUGAUAGACUGGAAUAUUUGGAAGUUAGCUUGCUAACUAGCUUGGCUAUGCUAACAAGUAAACUUGCUGAUAGAGUAGAAUAUUAGCGAGUCAGCUUGGCUAUGCUAAUGAGUAAACUUGCUGAUAGGCGAGAAUAUAAUCGAGUUAACUUGCUAACUAGCUUGGCUAUGCUAAUGAGUAAACUUGCUGAUAGAGUACAAUAUUAGCAAGUCGGCUUGGCUACGCUAAUGAGUAAACUUGCCGAUAGGCGAGAAUAUAAGCAAGAUAGCUUGCUAACUGGCUUGGCAAUGCUAAUGAGUAAACUUGCUGAUAGACUAGAGUAUUAGCAAGUAAGCUUGCUUAUUAGCUUGGCUAUGCUAAUGAGUAAACUUGCUGAUAGACUAGAAUAUUAGCGAGUUUGCUUGCUAACUAGCCUUGCCAUGCUAAUAAGUAAACUUGCUGAUUGAUUAGAAUAUUAGUUAGUUAGCUUGCUUAUAUUCUCGCCUAUUGGCAAGUUUACUCAUUAGCAUAGCCUACUGGCAAGCUUACUUGUUAGCAUAGCCAACCUAGUUAGCAAGCUAACAAGCUAACCCUGCAGUAGCUUAUAAGGUUUUUGUUCAGUGUCACUGAGAAUUUUGUUUCACUGUACCAACUUCAAUUUGGGUAAGCUAGCUUAGCUCCGAAGAAGGCACACAAAGUCAUUUUGAAAGAAGUACAGGAGCAGCACACUGAUGAUGUCAGAGGGCUGUGAUUGGUUGACUGCAAUGUUGAUCCAGGAACACGUCCUACUUGGCAAAAAUCACAUCGUCUCUGAUCUAAGUUGUGUUUUGAAGCCUUGUUUAAUCCAGAAGAAUCACUACAACACAAAAUAUCACUUCUUACAUGUGACAAAAAAUUUGUUUACACAUUUGUUACACAAUGCUCAUUUUGUCAGGGAAUAAUUAGAGCUUUCACUAAAACAUUGUGUCAGAGAAAUAUAUAUAUUUUACAUAAUGAUGAUUACAGAAUGUUUCCUCACUGUAUAACACUCAGAUUGUGUGUUUGUGUGUGUUUUGUGGUGUUAUACCCGCAACAUAUGUUAAUUUAUUUGCAUUAUUUUUUGCUGGAAUUAGUCAUUAUGUAACUUUUGAUGACAGUGAUGAUUAAUUGAUCAUUUAAGUCAUUAAAUCAAAUACAAAUAUCUAUAUUUUGUUGAUUAAAGCUUCUCAAAAGUGA